AUGAAAAAUACAAAAUUAUUAUUUAAUAUUCAUUAUUUAUCUUCGCCAACAAUUAAAUAUUUUUAUCAAUUGAAUUCUAUUCAAUCUAAAUGUCUUCUUCAUACAAGUAUACCAUUAAUGAAUAAAGAUAUGGCAAAGAUAGAUUCAAUUGAAGAACAUCCUCAUAUGCGAGCUGUAACUAAAGCAAUAAUUCAACAUAAACAACCAGAAGAUUAUAUGAUGCAUCAUCAAAUUUAUACAGAAAAAGACCUUAAUAAUAUUAAAAUAACACAUAAAAAAUUUGAAUCAUGGCAUGAUCGUGUAGCCUAUGGAGCUGUUCGAACUUUGCGUUUUUUUUUCGAUACAUUUACUGGUUAUAUGCAUCCAUCAAAAUCUGAUUUCAAACAAGAAACUCAACACUCAUAUAAAACUAUGACUGAACAACAAUGGUUAAGACGUUUUAUAUUUCUCGAAUCAAUUGCUGGUGUACCAGGAAUGGUUAGUGGAAUGAGUCGUCAUAUGAAAUCACUUCGUACAAUGCGUCGUGAUUAUGGAUGGAUUCAUACACUUUUAUCUGAAGCAGAAAAUGAACGUAUGCAUUUACUUACAUUUUUAGAAUUACGACAACCAGAUUGGAUCUUUCGUAGUUUAGUUUUAUUGGGUCAAGGUGUAUUUUUUAAUGCUUUCUUUCUUACAUAUCUUCUUUCACCAAGAAUAUGUCAUCGUUUUGUUGGUUUUCUUGAAGAAGAAGCUGUUAUUACUUAUACACGAUGUAUUGAAGAGCUUGAUAAUGGUAAACUUCCAGCAUGGUUAAUUUUAUCAGCACCAAAAAUUGCUAAAAAUUAUUGGAAAUUAUCUGAAAAUGCUACAAUGAAAGAUGUUCUAUUAGCUAUACGUGCUGAUGAAGCUACACAUCGCGAAGUCAAUCAUAAAUUAGCUGAUGUUGGACCUGAUGCACCAAAUCCAUUUGUUAUUCAAACUCAUCAAGUAGAAGAACAUUGA